AUGGUUGAUCUACUAGACCGGGUUGAGUUGGAUGGCGCCUUUGGCACAGUCAAAUACAUUGGCAGCUUGCCGAACUGGGGAGAUGACGUUACUGCGUACGGAAUUGAAUGGGAUGAUCCACAAAGAGGAAAAAAUAAUGGCACACUCGGCAACACUCGGUACUUUUCAGUAGACAAGCCAAACAGCGGGUCUUUUGUCAAGGCCUCCAACAAAAAGUUAAGAUUUGGACGUCUGUUUGUAGAAGCUGUUUUGGAAAAGUAUGCUGGAGAUGAGAACGUGCUGGCGUUGAAGCGGGAAAUCGUAUUCGGAUCAAAAAAGGUGGAGAGUAUAGGAUUCGAGAGACUCAAUCGGCAGCAGGCGACGCUUGAGGCUUUGGAAAGCGUGAGCUGUGAAAAGACGAUGGUCCAAUUUGCAGGAGAUGUGGAAAAGCUCCCGUUGAUGGAGAAGGUGAAACAUCUCGAUUUGAGUUAUAACCUUUUGGUGGAUAUGGGGGAAUUGAAGAAGAUCACAGAAAAAAUGCCUAGGUUGAGGUCGUUGAACCUCAAUGGCAGUCAAUUGAGAACAUUUGGCGCUCAAAUAGUGCUGGUGGAAGAGCUUGAUGUGGCAUCCUGUGGGAUUUCUGAAGAGAACUUGGGAAAGCUCUUGCGUUCCUUUCCCAAUCUUCGACGUCUCUGCGUUGCAGGCAACAAAUUAAAAAGCUUCAAGAUUGACUUUUCAGCUUCCCUUCGAUCCAUAGAUUUGUCGUACAACGAACUACUGGAGUUGCCUGUGUUGCCUGUGGAGGAGCUCUCAGCGGCUAAUAACCAAAUCACCCGCUUGCCUCGCCGUGCCUCACCUACAAGAAUAUUAGAUCUACGAGACAACCCGAUUUUGAGUUGGAAGGAAAUUGACAUGGUUGCUGAGAGUUUUCCUGACCUUGAAGAACUCCGAAUCGAUGGCUGCAAAGUAUUUGACCAACUAUCGAUAGAUGAAAUGACCGCCAUGCUCGUGGGCCGCCUUCUGUGCCUGUCUCAUCGUGGUCAGGGCAUAAGCAAGCUCAACGGAAGUGACUUGCGGACUGAUGAAAUACGCAACUCUGAGCUCUAUAUCGUUUCCAAGGCACAGAAAGGUCAAAUCGAGGUGCUUUCCCAGAAUCGCUGGGAGCAACUUCUGAAGAAGUAUAAUCUCGAAAAAAAAGCUACAACACCUCAACGUCAUCCAGAUCGCUUCCUUUUAACUAUGAGAACACUGUCCGGGGAUCUCAUGUUCUCAAGAGUAUUUCUACUGACUAACACAGUGCUACGUCUCAAAGGUAUAGUUACUAGGCACACUGGCGUGCCUGUGCAUCGUUUCAAUCUCUACUAUUACCCAAGCGAUAUUCGUCUCGACGACGACGUCUCGAAGACUAUCUUGGACGACGACAUUGCCACGUUGGCCAGCACUGGGCUCGACAACGAAUGCUGUAUCUAUUAUGAACCGCACAUGAUCUGA